ACAGGAGGGUGUGUCUCUCCGAGAAAGUCAGUAGUGUGUCACUCGGCUAACAUUUUCUCUUCCUACCUAGGCUACUUAUUUGCUACCGACCGUCUCUUUUCCAAACUUCAGUCAAUUCAGGUUAUGUUGGAGAGGAGGUGAAAGGGCUUCUUCAGGAGUCUGCAUUACUCUGAACUAAUUUCCCUGCGUUUGUCUUAAUAACGUUAGUUAUAGAUCAGUGGAGCCAAUCGGGGAUUUUGAGUUUAAUCCACCAUGGGAGACGUGAUUUCCAGUCACCUGGAUGAAGCCAAGCGGGAGAUUAUCACAGCUCGGACCAGGGAGGUGAUGGUGGAGUUUGGGCGCCUGUAUGAGAAGCAGUAUGCUGUGGCUCUCUUUAACAAAGUUCGUUUUGACAUAGAAGGAGGAGGUGGCCCACAACCCCAGCUACUACACCGCAAGAUUCCUCUGGAGAACAAAGCCAUCUUCUCUGGCUCGCUCUUUCAGUAUCUGGAGGAGAACAAGAAAUGGAGGAACCGCUUCCUCUUCGUUCCAGACUCCUAUAACAUCAACUAUUACGACAGCAAAGCGGCCCAUGACCGACACCUUCAUCCCAAAGGAACCAUCAACUGUGCUGGCUACAAGGUGCUGACAUCUAUGGAGCAAUACCUAGAUCUGUUCAGCAACAGCCUACCUGGUAUAAAAGCUAAGGUGGGAAGUUCCCCUUUCCUUAAGUGUGCCACCCAGUUCCCUCUGAUCCUUUGGCACCCUUACGCCCGCCACUACUACUUCUGUGUGGUGACGGAGAAAGAGCAGCAGAAGUGGCUCGCUGUCCUCCAGGACUGUGUCAGACAUGCUAAUGAUGGUUUGUCAGAGGAGAAUAAAGUCCAAACACCUGCCUUCACUGAUGCUGUACGACUCUACCGCCAAGCUAAAGGGCACUAUGGCACCUGGGACAUGAUGUGUGGUAUACCAUCACAGAUUUUGUCAAAUCUGGUGAUGGAGGAGGCCCUCCCUGAGCUGAGGGAGCUCAUCUCCCCACGCCUUAAAGGUAAACUACACGAGAGGCAGAGAAACUGGAUGCUGAUUAGUGAUGCGGUGUAUAGCCUGGUGCAGGGGCAGUGCCAGGCCCAGUAUGAAGCGGUGUUGCAGAAGUGUGAGGCAGCCUGCUCCUCUCUGGAGGCCUCCAUACGAACAGAUAUGGACCAGAUCAUCACCUCCAAGGAGCACGUCACCAACAAGAUCAGAGAGGUGGUUCUUCCUAAGGCUGAGAAGCUUCUGAAGGUGAGCAUCCAGCCCUACAUCAGCUCCAUCCUGGAUGCCCUGAUGGAGCCGACCAGCCGAGGUUUCUCUGAGGUCCGCAAUGUAUUCUUCAGAGAGCUGGUGGACAUGAGCAAGAACACCCUCAAUGAGGGCACCAAGGAGACUGUGGCACAGCACAUGGACAAGAUCUCCAUGCUGGCCUUCCAUCCGGUGAAGAUGCAGAGCUGCUAUGAAAAGAUGGAGCCACUGAGUCUAGAGGGUCUGCAGCAGAGGUUUGAUGUCUCCAGCCCCUCAGUGUUCGUCCAGAGGGCUCAGAUCCUCAUGAGAGAGCAAAUGGAUCAUGCAGUGUAUACAUUUGAGCAGAUCCUUCACCAGAGUCUGGAGUCUCAGUGCACAGAGGAGCUCUGUAAGUCCAUCCAGCGCUGCCAGGACAGAGUCAUUAAGAAAUUUGACUAUGACAGCAGCACAGUGAGGAAGCGUUUCUUCCGUGAGGCUCUUCUCCAGAUCUUCAUCCCCUACAUGCUGAAGCAGCUCAGCCCUUCCUGUGCAUCGGAGCUGCCGCGCUUCCAGGAGCUGAUCUUUGAGGACUUUUCCCGUUUUAUUCUGGUGGAGAACAUCUUUGAAGAGGUGGUGCUGCACUCUGUGAUGAAGGACAUCACGAUGGCUGUGAAGGAGGCGGCGGUCCAGAGGAGACACAACCUGUACAGAGACAGCAUUGUCCUCAGCAACAGCGACCCCAGCCUGCACCUACUUGGAGAAAACCCCUCCAUCGACUGGGCCGGGGAGUACGGAGGAGCCCAGGAAGAGGUGGAUGGAGCAGGGAAGGACACUGAGUGUGGCAGUGAGGGUGAAGGCGGGGCGGCCCAGAAGAGAAGGAGGAUGAAGCAGGUGGUGUCCAUGAUUCAGGUGGAAGGCUCCCCAGUUCUGCCCAACGAGUCAUGCAUGGAGGUGCCUAGUGUCAACGACAUCCCAGAAGAGGAUGGAGGAGAGGAGGAGGAGGAGGAGAAGGAUGGAGAAGGGGAGGAGAACUCGGAUGAUAAAGCUUCUGCUGACCAAAAUGGAUCUGCAAGUCCCAGAGCUUCAGAGAACCCUCCGGACUUGUCAAAUGGUUCUGUCUUGAAGGAAGAGGAAGCCAAGUCAGAGGAGCAGGGUAAAGAAGUCCCACAAAAGGUUGAAUCUGCUCCAGAAAGUGCUUCAGUUGUGGAAGAGAAGGGUAAGGGAGGGGACAAUCUGUCGAUGGUGGAGGAACAACCGCACUCCGACCAGGAGGUGUCAGAGGAGACACUGCCACUGCCACCUGAGGAAAUCCUAUCUAGGGCUACAGAAACUGCUCCAGAGAGCCUCCCAGAGGCAACAUCUGACUUCCCUUUGCCUCCACAUGACGACAGUGGCUUCCAGUCUCCCACCAAUGAAGGGGGAGAGGCAGAGAACGACGAGGAGGAUGUGGCCCCUAGCACAGCAGCCCCACAGCCCUCAGAGGAGCACCCUGAGGUGAGGAAGACUAGUGUUGCUGCAGCGCCAGAAGCAGAGACCAAAACCAGUGACUCUGAGUAAUUAAAUGAUUUCCAUUUGUUGGACUGGACUUCUGCUCUGUUUUUAUUUUUAUUAUUUUUCUUUCUUUUUUUGACAGAGAUUAAAACGCAUGACGCAUGUUGUUUUAACAUAUCAGUUUUUUUUCAGUUCUACAACAGUUUUAGGCACAGUAAUCAUUUAGCAGAUUUUUUUUCACCGAGCAGGGCUCAGGUGCUCAUGGUCAUAUUGUUACAUGCUGUUUUUCUGUAUCAUUUUCACAACUUUGCAUCCGACAGAAAAUCCUCAGCAAAUUCUGAGUUUUAAAUCCACAUAUGUUUCAUGUUUUAUUUUCUCUUCACCUGAUAUUAAUGUAAGCACAGUGGACGACCUUGAGUCCGUAAUGGUGUGUUUUAAGCAUGCAAGAACACCCCGGUUUGAUUUAGCUCUUAAGUCUAUCUUGUUUAACUACUAACUACUGGGUGUUUUUUUUUACAUUUGUUGGUCUAUAUGCUUAUAGAAACUUACUUAUUGGUUAACAGAAAAUACUUUCCAGAAUGUGGAAAAGUCUCAAAGUUGAUUUUCUUUUCUAUCUCAAACUUGCAUUACAAUUCAUUAAAUUGUCUCAAUGUACACAUUGACAUCUUAAGACUUGACUAUUUCUUUUGUGUUGGUAAGAAUAACACUAUUUUAUAAAAGUUUAUCCCUUAACAAAGUACGUUGUGUAUAUUAUGUAUAAAUACUUCUAUGGACCAGUGAACUAUACCAGACUGUCAUUUUACAUAAUUUUAUAUAAUUUUGUAAGUGCCUUAGCUGAUCUCUCCACCCCCUAUUUUAUUUAUUAUUUUGUAACCCCCCUUCUUUUUUGACCAAUGUACUUUUAGAUUUAUUUUACUCUUGCGUGAUGCAAAUGACUGUUAUUGAUAAUAAAUAAUUAUCCAUAAAUUAUCA